CGCCUCCCCGCGGCCAGCCCCGCAGCAUGGCGUGCCCGGCGGCCGGCGAGGAGCUGCCGCGCCCCUGCUGCAAUGGCUACAGCGAGCUGCCGUCGGCCGAGGCGCGCCGGGCCCUGGUGCAGUAUCGCCCGGAGAAGCGCGGCCGGGAGGAGGCGGCGGAGGGCGGCGAGCUGCCGGCCUUGGAGGACGCCUACCUGAGCAUCCUGCAGCGGCUGGGCGAGAACCCUGCGAGGCAGGGGCUGCUCCUGACGCCCAGGAGGGCUGCCAAAGCCAUGCAGUUCCUCACGAAAGGCUACCAAGAAACCAUCGAGGAUAUACUCAAUGAUGCAAUCUUUGAUGAAGAUCAUAAUGAAAUGGUUAUCGUUAAGGAUAUUGAUAUGUUUUCCCUUUGUGAGCACCACUUGGUACCCUUCUUUGGCAAGGUACAUAUUGGAUAUUUACCUAUAAAGAAAGUGGUUGGACUAAGCAAGCUUGCAAGAAUUGUUGAAAUCUUUAGUCGAAGACUGCAAGUUCAAGAGAGGCUUACCAGACAGAUCGCUCUGGCAAUUACUGAGGCUCUGAAACCUGCCGGGGUGGCUGUGAUUGUAGAAGCGUCGCACAUGUGCAUGGUUAUGCGAGGGGUUCAGAAAAUGAACAGCAGGACUAUCACCAGCACCAUGCUCGGAGUCUUGCGAGAAGAUCCAAAAACCAGAGAAGAAUUUCUUACGCUGAUCAAGAAUUAAAUGGAAACAGCUUCCCACUCACUGUUUGUUGGCUCUAACAGUAAAACCAAUUGCCAGAAACUAAUUACCAUAUGUGAUGCAGGACUGUUUGUAGCAUCUGUGUAUUAGAAACAGCUGUGUGACAGCUUGGUUCUCAGUAAUGCCUUGUAAUGUCAUAAAAUAUUUGGUAGAGAAUGAA